AACUUCCGUUUCCGACAGUGGGCACCGCCGAAACUAAUUUGCUUAAUACGUCAUCACUUUGUGUCUUUCUUUUUAGCCAGUACCUGGAAUUUCAUUCAUUAUGGAAGGAAAAGAGAAAACGAAGCCAGUGACUAAGGAAGCAAAGAGCGCAUCAAACAAGCGCCGACCUCGUAAUCCGGUCAUAUCUUCAACGGGUUUGAGGAGGUUUUCUAGAUCUCGGGUAUACAAGAGGAGGAGAAUUUUCAUCAAAAAGGAACAACCCAAGACAAAAGCAGUUAAGAAGCCCAAACCUGCAAAGUAUGUCGUGAAGCCUAUUGGUGGUGAGAAAAAUGGCGAAACGAGGAAAGUCCGUGUUAAGCGAUUGCCUCGCCAUAUUCCAACACAAGAAGGUAGAAAAAGACAGUCGAAACACAGGAAGCCAUUCUCUAAGCAUAAGCGUAAUCUGCGCAAAUCUAUUGUUCCUGGAACAGUGCUUAUUCUGCUAGCAGGAAGGCACAAGGGAAAGCGUGUUGUAUUCCUGAAGCAGCUUAGCAGUGGUCUGCUCCUUGUGACAGGUCCAUUUGCAAUGAACGGUUGCCCACUGCGUCGUGUCAACCAGAUCUAUGCAAUUGCCACCACAGCUAGAGCUGAUGUGAGCAAGGUUCAGAUACCAGUCAGGAUAAACGAUAACUAUUUCAAAAGAAAGGCCAAGAAGGCUAAUAAACACAAAGAAGUGGAAUUGUUUGAAACAGAGAAGAAGGAGUAUACCCUGACAAAAGAACGUAAAGAGGACCAGGUAGAGGUGGACAAGCAGGUUCUUGAUGCUAUCAAGAAGCAUAAGGACAGAAAACAACUGAAGGGGUACUUGCAGUCAAUGUUUUCUUUGAAAAAUAAAAUGUACCCACACAAGAUGUUAUUCUGAUCAGUGUACAAUUUGUUCUUUGGGAAUAAAUCUGUAUAAGUCAUA